AUGGAUACUCCAAGAUCUCGCACAAAAAAAAGCCCCUCAGAACGACUCUCAGAUUUAAAACGCAGGCUUUCCAUACUUCCCGAACCAUAUGACACUGGGAAUGGUUGGUCAAAGUACGAUAAAGAAAUUCAAGAUCAAGACAACCAAUAUUUAAGUCCCAACUGUGUCAUCGUCAAAACAGAAAUUUUGGUAUCAACUCAACAAAUAUCUAAUAGCGAAGAUAUAUCUAAUGUUGAGCUAUCAACAGAAGGGGCCGUAACGACGAUUGUGCCUGAACAUCAUGUAUCUUCCGCUAUCAGUAAUAAACGUAAUUCAGCAAUUAUAAGUACUGCUAUCAGUAAUAAACGUAAUUCAGCAAUUAUAAAUACUGAAGAAAAUAAAUCCUACAAAAGGAGGAGUAAAUUGGAAUUUUUUAAACAAGACUAUAAACGUAAUUCAGCAAUUCUAAAUACUGAAGAGCAUUACUCUCAUAAAAGAAAGAGUAAAUUGGACUUUUUUAAACAAAACGUAUCAUUAACAAAAUUUCAAUCAGCAAUAAAACAAUUUGUUGAUACUGUUGGCAACCAAAGUCGAAGGUAUAGCAAGACAUUCAGUAGAAAUAGAAAAGAAAAUCCAUGUGAUUAA